AUGGAGUACUUGCGUAAUUUGGGCUCUGCGGCUGUUUCAACGCUUGUCCAGAAGUCGGGCAUUAAUCUACCGUUUAUUCUGGGCCCCAAGGUUUCAUCCUGCGAGACGUUCUGGACCUUGUAUGAUGCCACAAAGCGGGACGACGGAUCCCCCGUGUCCGUUUUCGAGUAUGACCUCACUCACCCACUUAACAAAUCCACGAUACCCCUCGCAUGGAAUGCCCUGCGAAAACUGCGCACUAUCCGACAUCCUGAUAUUCUCAAGUUCAUGGAUGUUGUCGAAUCUGAUAGUGCAAUCUUCAUCAUGACGGAACGGGUAAAGCCUCUUCAGACAGCUUUACAAACGAUGCCUCCUCGGGGUCCGCAAGAGAGAGAAGAGUGGCUCCUAUGGGGACUACAUCGAGUAUCGGUAGCUCUCGCUUUCAUAAAUGAUUCAGCCUCGUCUACCCACGGAAAUGUAUGCCCCAAGUCCAUUUUUAUUACCCCCGCCGGAGAAUGGAAGCUCGGUGGUUUCGAAGUUCUGAGCAACCCAAGAGAUGAUCUUGCAGUUUUAUAUACUAUGGGCGGCUUGUUGCCUGAAGCUAUGUCGUACGCAUCACCGGAGGUGAAAAAAAGUGGUUGGUCAGCCUUGAAGAAUGGCCCCAUACACGCUGCGGACAGUUAUGCACUUGGUCUUCUCCUCCAUGCCACGUUCAACCCGACAGACCCACCGCCUGCGACUGUUCAACCCCCUCAUCCUCCUCCACAGGCUUCAUCUCGUGGUGCCAUACCGCAGUCUGUGUUUCCCUCGUUCAGAAAAUUGCUCAACCCAGGUCCAAAAACUCGAAUGUCUCCGAAAGUUUUCCUGGAUAUCGGGAUGGCUGAAACUGCUGGAGAGGGCUCGGGUUUCUUCUCCGACAAUCGAUUAGUGAAGGUUUGCGGUGGGCUAGACCACUUUAGUUUGAGCAGCGAGAGCGAGAAGGAAGCUCUCAUUCGUAUGCUGAAAGAUUCCGCGACGUCUUUCCCUCCCGAGUUUGCGGCUUUCCGCAUCUUGCCAUCUGUUGUCUCAGCACUGGAGUUCGGCGGUGCUUCGGCAGCUAGUAUUGUUCCCCUUAUUCUGCAAUUUGGGAAGAACGUCCCCCCCGAAGAUUAUUCACGCACUGUUCUCAUGCCGCUUAUGAAACUUUACGCAAAUCCUGAUAGGGGAAUGCGGAUGGCGCUCCUUGACAGUUUGCCAGAAUAUGCAGAAAAAUUAGAAAAGAAGGUCGUCGUCGAUCAGGUCUGGCCACAUCUGCAAACGGGCUUUUCGGAUACGGUUGCUGUUAUUCGCGAGGCUACGGUACGCGCGAUAGUUCUUCUGUCUCCGAAAUUGAAUGAUCGUAUACUAAACAAUGACCUGCUCCGGCAUCUCGCUCGCAUGCAAAAUGAUCCAGAAGCCUCCAUCCGGACGAACACAUGUAUUCUUAUUGGGCGACUUGGACCAAUACUAGGAUAUAACACUAAGCGGAAGGUGUUAGUUCCUGCUUUCUCGCGAGCCAUUAAGGACCCAUUUGUCCACGCAAGAAUCGCAGGGCUUAUGGCAUUCAUGUCCACCAGUGAUUGUUAUGACAUGGAAGACGUUGCAGGAAAAGUCAUUCCUAACGUUGUAGGAGCAACAUUGGACAAGGAGAAAAUCGUACGUGAUCAAGCAUUUAAGGCUUUGGAACUCUUUGUCAAGAAACUGGAGGCACAUGCGGCUACCAUGCCGGAGACGAUGCUUACUGAAGGGGAAGGGACCAAUGUGCUUGGAUCUAUGCCGGGAUCAUUCAGCCAAACAAGUAUUGUAAGUUCCGCAACUGGUGCUGCUGGCACCCUUGCAUCAUGGGCAAUUACCUCCAUCGGAAGAAAGGUGAUUUCAUCAGCCGCACUUUGCCUUCUGCCUCACGAAGCUUUCCAGCUUGCACCAAGCGACCUCCAAAGUACGAUUUCUAGCAAUGCCGAAUCACUCGUUGCUAUUUCGUCAGCCGCGGGCACUACACAUCCCGUUACUGGCGUUUCACCUGGGUCAUCGCAAUCGAAAGGCUUGCAACUCGGCAAAAACAAGGCAAAUGUCGAUUCCAUUGCUGCGCAGGUACUCGAUGAAGCGCCUACCGAAGAUAGCGGGUCCUGGACGAAUGAUGCCUUGUGUGAUGCCUUUGCGGAUGGGGAUUGGGGCGCGUUCGAGAGUGCCCCGCCCAUCGCUGGCCCCGAGCCUAAGCCGGCGAUUAGGCCUGGCCUAGGGUUUUCCCCAUCAAACGUUGCCGAUUGGGGCUCCGUCCUCUCGCCGACAAGUGUCAACCCCCAAAGGAGACCGCUGUCGAGCCUUAGUAUCCUGCCCAACGUCUCCGCAUUCUCUCUUGCAUCAAGUGCACGUUCAACGCCAGUACCCUCGCCCGCACCGACUGACCCUGAGAAAGAGCGAGCCAUCAAGCCUAUAUCAAAAGAAGAGAAGGCAGCGGAGAUGGCAAGACGUAAGGAAGAACGACGGCUGCGCAUCGAGAAACUGAAGGAGCAGAAGAAGAAUGCCGCUGCCCCUGCCGAGUCAUAG